GCAGGUGGCAAGUAUGCGUGCUCGUGUUUGAACGCGCACUGCAGCUAUAGGUCUGUUGAAACGUCAAAUAAUCUACUGGCUGACGGUCUACCAAACGAUAUAAUACGAUUAUAACACAACAUAAUAUUAUAUUAUGAGACAUUUUUUUUCUCUUAUUAUGACUUAUUUAUACUGUACAUUUUAAUAAUAAUAAUAAUAUUAUACCUAUACGUCAAACUCGGUACGAUUAGAGUGCAAACUGCGGGCAUGUCUUGGUCAGACGACCGUGCCGUGGACGCGGUCCACUGGCAGAUCCUCAAAAAUCAUCUGAAACCUAACGUCUGGCCUACGUCACGAGAGAUGUUGAAAUACAAGCAAGAACUCGAUACUUCCAGACACGCAGAUCUGAAUCAACUUGCCAGUUCGAUACAAGAAAUGAAGAAAAAACUAUCCUAUUUGAAAAAGACUGCGUUAGACGUGAAUAAAAUAAAAACCGUAGGGUUUGAAAAUUUUCGAAAUGAUAUAAAGACAUUUGAGUCGAAGCUGUCAAAAUUAAAAGAAGGAUGCUCAAAAAAAUUACGAGAAGAGAGGCUAAAGCAAUCCGCGCUGUUUGAAGAAAUCGAACGGGUAAAGCAAUUAGCACUUCAUGAUGUCGUUUCAAAGCCACACACCGAUGCCAUUAGUAAAAAAAAGAAGGAAACAAAAACCAUAAAAAGAGUUCCAAUUUCGAAAAAUACAUACUCCUCAAAAGAAAUUGCAGAUUUCCAUGAUUUCUGUGCACGUAAUUAUGGUCUUACCGGAGGUUGGUCUAGCAAAGAUCAUGAAACAUUUUUAAAGAUUCGUUCCAAACAUGUCGACGCUGUGGAUUUCGUUGAUCAUGUUGUACAAUCAAUGCCACAUAUAACUGAGGAUGCUGCACGUGAACAUGAAAACUGGUUCGUAAAAUUUGAAGAACUUAAAAAUAAACAAAAAGAAGCAAUAACAAAGUGGAAAAAGGAAAAGAAAAAUGUUUUUGUGCCUGACUGCAAUCGAAAUAAUUGUAACAUGCUAAGAAAAUGUGCAGAUAACGAUCCAGAAAUAACAGGGAAAUUUUCCAGUGAUAAUUAUUUAGAAAAACAAAUAAAUGUAAAUCACGAUAUCAAUGAAUCUCAAAUUGAACUCAUUGAAUCGAAAAAACUCGAUAACUCUGGUACUACAUUGCUAAAGCGUUUCAGGGAAAAAGAUAAAAGAUAUAUAGAGUCUAAAAAAACAAAUAAACAACGACAGAAUAGUCAACGUAAAUCGGACCCAUUUACAAUAGUUACUUUGCACGGAAAUUCAGAAAAAUAUGAUGAAAUUGAAUCACUAGAAAAACUUCCAAAUGUACACUUAAGCAUUUACGGUGCACAUAACCAAGAUGUGAAAGUGGUGUUGAAAUAUCAAUAGACUAAAAAAUAUUGUGCCGGUAUUUUUUUUUGUGUAAUGUUUUAAUAUUAUUACUAUCACAAUAUUGA